AUGCAGCUCUCCCACCUCUUGGCUCUUGUUGGCGCCGCCGCACUCGCCGCGGGCCACCCCAUAUCCACCAACAACAACAACAACAGCGAGCACAGAGCGGACGCGGCCAACACCGCCGUCCUCCCCAUCAAUGCGCGCCCAUCUCAUGGCGUGGGUAGAGACACACCCGCAGGUGCCGAGAGCGAGGGAUCCCAGAAACGCGCUUUCUACUACACCAACUACGCGACUGCAAGCCAGAACAGACCUGGCGCGGUCAACACCGCCGUCCUCCCCAUCAAUGCACCCCCAUCUCAGGGCGUGGAUAGAGAGACAUCCGCAGGUGCCGAGAGCGAGGGCGCCCGGAAACGCGCUUUCUACUACACCAACUACGCGACUCCGAGCCAGACCGCGGACGGCGAGGGAGACGGCCAGCCCCUGGCCAACGCCGAGAGAGAAAAGCUCGCACAACCCCUCUACUUCUACGCCGGCUAUGCGACUCCAACCCCGACCGUGGACGGCGAGGGAGACGGAAACCCCGAGCGCAAGCUCAAGGCGGCCCCCGAGAAACGCCAAUUCAGCUACUCCUACAACGGCAUCCCGGCGCCUGCACGCCAAACCGUUAACUAG